ACAGUCUAAAUUCCAAUACUUAUAUCUAAUUUUUGGCAUGGUAUGGAAAUUACCAAAAUUGUCUCGCUAACCUCGCUGUUGUGAAUAGCGCUGCUGAAUCAAUCGUUCUCGGUUUUCGCGUAAUCUAGUCGUUCAUCCCAAAAUGGUUUGCUUGGCUUGUUUGCUGCCCCUUUUUCUGGUUCCGAUCGUCAACAUCCUCCCUCUUCUAUACUAUUUUAUAAUGGGAAAAAUCUAUCGGGUUUUUGGUUGGGAGUACAGGAAACCGGAGAGGGCUCCUCCUGUAUGUCCAUACAAGCCUCCAACCAACAGGGUUAGUAAAGCUGAGGCAGAUGUUGAACCUGUUCCAGCAGAUCCUGUUAAGCCUGGAAGUGUAGAUGUCAAGCAGGAUUAAUCUGGGGUAGCUAUUCUAUAAGGUUUGACGGGAGUAAAAUGUAUGAUAACAUCUGAUGGUUGAUGUAUGUUUUUAACUUUUAUUAAAUAUCUUGUCUUGUCAUGACCUUUAAAAAAUAAAAAAGAUGCUUGGUUGGUUUAAAUUUGAA